GCCAUGCAGCAGAAGAAGGAGACAUUUCAGCGCAGAAUGGAAACCCUGAACCUGCGCUGGGAGGAGCUGGGAGUCAAGGAGGCCCAGCUGAAAGCCCACAUACAGAAGUUUGAGCAGUUCAUCCAGGUGGGAAAGGAAGCUGAUGGUCCAGGCAUUAUUCUCCAGAGGUCCAGUCUUCCUUACUGGCCAGAGAAAAGCUCAUGGAGUGCUUGGGGUGGCAGGAGAUUUGGGGGUGAGGGGUUCCGCAAAUCGUCAGAAUCCUGGAGACCUUGUUACAGAUACGGACCCUGGGCCCCUCCCCUCUCCUUGCUUUCAGCAGGCCUGAGGUCAGGCCCAGUCGACUGUAUUGUUAAAAGUAUCCCCAGGGGAUUGUGAUGCCCAGCUGGACUUGGAAACCACUGGUUUGGGGCCCCUCUGUCCUCUCCUGGACCCACAGGGCAGAAUGCCAAUCCUCCGGGUGCCUUCUUCCAUGUCUUCCAAAUGCCACCACCACAGGCACCCACCUGUGUGGAAUCACCGCAGCCCCUGAAGGGGGAAAGGAGCUACACACAUGCGGUGUGAGAGGUCUGCCCCUCAUCUUGGGAGGAGAGUUUGUCCUCCCAAGGAAGGAAGGAGGACGGGAUCAGCCCAAUUGCAGCAGCUGAGCCUCAUGUCUUUCUUUCUGGGCAUUGAACUGCCUGCAUCAUCUCCUCCUGUCCCCGCCUGAUGCCAGGCUUGAGCUACAGGAACAUCUUCUCUGGAAUGGCCUUGCCCCACCAGGCCCUCCGGACUGGGCCCACCUCCUAGCUCGUCUCCCUAGAGCUCCAGCAGGGUUGCCUCAGCUUUUGAAAGGAAGAGAGGGGCUCCUGCCUCUCAUUUCUACAAUUGGAGAAGCUGAGGCACCAAAUCAGGAGUAAAUUUGGGCUCCCCAAGUCUGGGCCCAGGACUCUGCCCUGUGACAAAUGGCCACCACUAAGGAUAGAGAUGAGGGACCUUCCCCGGUGGUCCAGCGGUUAGGACUCCGCGCUUCCUCUGCAGGGGGCUCCGGUUCGAUCCCUGAUCGGGGAACUAGGAUCCCGCGAGAGGAGCGGCGCGGCCAAAAAAAAAAAAAAGAAUAGAGACGGAAACUUUAUCAGAAGAUUUUCCCAGCCUUCCCCGGGUUUGAGUUCUCUCCAGACACUGAGCCCAGUGGGGCAUGGGGCUUCCAGAGCUCAAAUCCCGCAGAGUCAGGAUCACUUCCUGUCUCGUCCCCAUAAGGCCACCUUCUGAUGUUGGAUUAAAUCUCUGUCCUCUCAGCCUCCUCAGUCCAUAGAAAGCCCCUCAACCAGCUUCACAUAACCCUGGAGAUGCUCUUCCUUACACCUCAUCCACCACAUGGGCAGCCUGGCCACCCCCGUCCACCCUCAGGGUGGACAGAGGCCUUGUGGGAGCCCCACCAGCCUGGGCCCCAGGGAGGGCAGGACCCACGCCCCACGGGCAUCACCUCCCUGGCCCCAGGAGAACGACCAGAAACGGAUCCGGGCCCUGAAGAAGGCCAACAAGGAGCGAGAACUCAAGAAGCAGUGCACGCGCGAGCUGGCCAAGGCCAAGCAGGAGAUGGCGGCCCUGCGGCUGGAGCACCAGCGGCUGAGCGCCAAGCUGCAGGAAUACUCCAUCUUCAACAAGUACCUGGAGAAGGUGGUGGAGAACUCCGAGUUCGAAGAGAUCCACGAGGUGAUCGCGCGCUAUAAGACGCUGGUGAGCAUGCACCAGGACCUCAUGCAGUCGGCGCAGGAGGGCCAGGAGAAGGUCGAGCGCGCCAAGGCCCAGCUGGCGCGCUACAAGGAGGAGAAGGACGACGAGAUCCUGCAGCACAACAACGAGCUGGCGCGCCUGCAGAUGCGCUUCGACCGCGCCCGCAGCGACGUCAUCAUCUGGGAAUCUCGCUGGGCACACAUCCAGAACACCGCCGCCAAGAAGACCCUCUUGCUUGGUACCAUUAAGAUGGCAACGCUGAACCUCUUCCAGAUCGUGAGCAAGCAGUUGAAGGAGGCGAGCCUCGUGUCCCUGGAGGACACACACAAACAGCUGGACACGGUAAGAGGAGGCCCAAGUGCCCGACCAGCUGGCUCGACUGAACCACGACGGUUCUCCAUGGGUUGAGCAGAGGCAUGAUUACUACAGAGUAGUGGUUCUCAAACUUUCACAGCAUCAGAAUCACCUGGGGACUGGGGCAUAUUGCUGGAUCCCACCCCCGGAGUCUCAGACUCGGUGGGUCUGAGAUGAAAAGCCACGAAUUUCCAUUUUCAGCAAGGUUCCAGGUGAUGGUGCUGGUCUGGGUUCCACACUUUGAGAACCACUGCAUUAGCGCUAAGGCUCUGUUGGCCCCAAUCAACACGGGCAGUAGCAGGGACCCACUACUGCAUUCAUUAGUUACACGAAACAGUCUUAUUAAGUUCUAGUGAGAUGCUGAAGGCUUGUGACUGACCCCCACGCUUGGGGAAAAGAGAAAAUGGGCGGGUGGUGCGGGGAGGGAAAUCAGCAAGGGCAGGGAAGUGUCAGAGUCAUAUUAGUACCAUUCUGAGGUUUUCUCUUUGAAGUAAUUGAAAGGAAAUGACUUUUUCACUGUAUGAUUCAAAGCUAUUGGAUGCCAUAUCCGUGUGCCACCUGAAAUUGUCUCACUUCUGACCAAAGGUACCCGCAUCCCGCGAUUUGGGAAACUGCACCAGCAGAUGCAUUAGCCGUGCUUCUUGUAACAUGCAGAGAACCAUGACUAAUUAUUUAUCCUUUUUGGCAAAAAAGCCUUUAGCUCGGCCAUGAAAUAGUAGAAAGUAGGCUCCUAAAGGCUGGGAUUUCUGUUUGCUUUGUUCCCUGCUGUAUCCCCAGCAUCUAGAACAAUGCCAGGCAGAUAGCAGGCACUCAAUAAGUAUUUGGUGAAUGACUAUGAAGCACAAGCCGAUAAAAGCAAUUGACUGAGAGGUGCUUCCUCUGUUUAAAAAAAAAAAAAAAGGUGAAACUCAUGAAAUGUAAAGAAUUUCACCCACUGACCAGCCAGGAAGUAGGAUUUCCUUAAACCAAAGAAUCAGCCUGCAUCGUAAGGCAUAUUAGAGCAGAAUUAUUAACAGUCCAAAGACUGUAAAGGGAAUUUGUAAGCAAAGUUGUUCUGAAAUAGCGAUCCUCAAACUUUUUUGGUAGCAGGAUACCUUUACACUCAUAAAAUUUAUUGAAGACCCUCAAAGAGCUUUUGUUUAUAUGGGUUCUAUCAACUGAUGUUUACCUUAUUAGAAACUCAAGCAGAAAAAUUAAAAAUAAUUCAUUUAAAAAUGACAGUAAGAGGCACAUGAACACAAAUAGCAUUUUUAAUGAAAAACACAUUUUCAAAAAGUAUUUUAUGGGAUGAGUGGCAUUAUUUGACACUUGCAAAUCCCUUGAAUGCCUGGCUUCCUGGAGGACAGGUGGAUUCUCACACCUGCUUCUGCAUUCAGCCUGUCGUGAUAGCCUACGCCCCGGGAACAUCCCACUCUGGUAAAAGCCCCUGUAGACUCUUGAGAAAAUAAGAGCAAAAAAGACAAGUAACAUCUUAGUAUUAUUAUAAAAAGAGUUUUGGCCUUGCAGACCCCUCUCCCCGGCAGUAGGGUCUCAGGACGCCCAGCCGUCCUCAGAUCCCUCUCCUUUAGCUGUUGUAAAGAAAGAUGGGGCAGGAGGUGGUGAUCUCCAGCCCAUGGGCCCUGACCGAGCAUCGCCUGCUCAGACCAUAGCUUACAGUGCAUCCACUCCAAAUUCUGAGCUUUUGGACUCCCUCUCAACCUCUUUUUUUUUUGGCUGCACGGCUUGUGGGAUCUUAGUUCCCCCACCAAGGAUCGAACCCAGGCCCCCAGCAUUGAGCAGUGAAAGUGCCGAGUCCUAAGCACUGGACUACCAGGGAAUUCCUGUUCUCAACCUUGAUUUGCUUCGAUAGGAAUUCCUCAUAUUGCUCAAAUGUUAUUUUUAAAUAUUCCACUUCAUUCCUGUAGGAUAUGAGCCUACACACACAUGAUUAAGUAGCCUGAAAAAAGAAAAAUAAAGACCUGGGAAAAUAUAAGUUAAAAUCUGAGGUCAAGGCAAGAGAGAGACGUAUGGACUCUGGAUUCUUGGAUUACAGAGGACAGUGGUUCAACAGGGACAGUAGUUGGCUCUGAGCUUCCUGGUAACCAGAAGGAAAAGCAACACGUAGUUCUUGUACCAAAAUAAGAAAACACAUGGUUUCUUCAGAAAGAGCAAAACUUUCCCAGCACUUAACCUCUAGCUGAAAAUUUUCAAGGAGGCUUCAGAGACACUCAGUGAAUGAUGUUCUCAUCAGUGUUCCUCCAACAGAUCCACGCAUGGGCUUCAGAAAGCAACCACUUAUUUAGAAUCAGGAACAAGGUACCACUCAGGGAAAGUGAUUUUGCAAAAGGCCAAGACGAUUUGUGUUCAGUGUACUGUGUGCGGAAGGUCGAGCAUUAUUAUUUCUGAAUAAAGCCCAAACUGUCUGGAGCAGCGUUUUCCAAACCAUGCUUGGCAAAUCCUAGAAUCCCAAGAUGGUAGUAAGUUUCCUCCAGGGAAAUAAGUGGACUCUACGGUCUAAAAAAUUUAGAAAACUCAAGUUAAACAAAGUUGGCUGGUUUUAAAAUACAGGACUUCACAGUGCCUUUGCUAUGGUUCUGCCCUGAGACUCUCCAAGCAGGUAAAGUUUCUUUUUUUUUCUUUUUUAAAAAAUAUUUAUUUAUUUAUUUAGGGCCGCGUUGGGUCUUCGUUGCUGUGCGCGGGCUUUCUCUAGUUGCGGUGAGCGGGGGCUACUCUUUGUUGCGGUGCGCGGGCUUCUCAUUGCAGUGGCUUCUCUUGUUGCGGAGCACGGGCUCUAGGUGCGUGGGCUUCAGUAGUUGUGGCGCACGGGCUUAGUUGCUUCACGGCAUGUGGGAUCUUCCCGGAACAGAGCUCGAACCCGUGUUCCCUGCAUUGGCAGGCGGAUUCUUAACCACUGCGUCACCAGGGAAGUCCCGCAGGUAAAGUUUCUAAAACUUACUUGACCACAGACCCUUUUUGGGGUAGGUGAUUACUUACUACAAGAACAUAGUUUGGGAAAUACUGGACUUGUCAUCUCUGUAACCUUGGGAAAGUUGCUCUAAUUCAGUCACUGUUUGUUUCUUUCCUCUCUUGCAAAAUAGGAAUUAUGUAGGUAAUAGUAACAGUAUUAGCAACUAACUGGGUUUUUGAGAGUGUUGGACAGUCUGUGUAGCCCCAUCUUUAGGAACAUUCUUGAAAAGGAGAAAUUUUAGGACUGAGAUCUUAAAGGCCAUCUAGGCCAACCUUUUCUCCCUCUUCCCUUUUUAAAGAUAAAGAAACUGAGUCCCAGAAAGAUGAAGUGAUUUCCCCAGAGGACCCCAGGUCGUCAUCCUUUUUUAAAUUGAAGUAUAGUUGGUUUACAAUAUUGUGGUAGUUUCAGAUG